AAAAAAUAAAAAUUCAAAGUUCCAUCCAAGCUCUCUUCUUUCGAUAAUAUUUGCCAAAGCCUGAUUCAACGACAGCUUUAAUACUUCAAGGUGUUCGAAAACCAAAGUGUUGAUCAUCAAGUGACCAAAAUUAAAAGCGAAUUAACAGUUUCAGGAGGGGGUCAGGGGAGGUCAUCAGCUCGAACCAAGCGUAUUCUCCACGCGGUGGCACGUCGGUGUGUGGUAGGUAGUUAUCCAAUUGACAGUGCCCCCGUCUGACAUAGUUCAGUCGACGACGAACUCAGGAUGAUCCGACUGCAUCUCUACCAGCAGUGACGUUUUUCUAACUCUGCGUUCCAGUAUCCAACGAAUUGCGUUCAUCCAGCGUGUGCUUCGUCCAACUUUGCCUCCCAACUUUCCUCCCAACAAGAAAAUAACAUAGUGAAAGGGCCGUCUACGUUACUGUAAUCGUUGAGAAUAUAUCGACAUGACGGUCCCUAUAAGAUUGUCCAGAGACACGAUCGUGCUUUGGGACCGGCUCGCUGGUCCAGUGAGAACAAACUCGGUCAAGGUUGACCGCUGUCAGUGAAACUGAUCCUUUUUUUUUUUCUGGCUGCUCUAGAGCAGCCGGUGACGCCGGUUCUACCGACAGCUUCUUCUGGAACAAACACGUGUCCAAGUGGGGGGAGAUGCAAGAGGAUCAGCGCGAUUGACAUGGCAGCCGACCUGUACGCGAAUGGAUCCGUGAAGUCAACGUCCGGCAGAAUUACGGGCAGCAUGAGGCAACGUAAGACCGGCACUCUUGGCGCCGCGGCGCCUAUAUCUCCCGAGGAGGAACGAUUGAAGUUCCAAGACAACAGGUUCUUGACGACGUUGGUACUCGGCAGAAAUAGGAAAAUCUCGCCGGACGUGCUGCCGUCGUGUUCCGCGGGGAUUUUCCGACAGAAGUCGUUCCGCGCGUCGACGCCGCCGCGGAGCAACUCGAGCACACCUGCGGCGAACAGCGAGCGACAGCGCGCAGACGCGGAUCCGCGGGGUCCACGUGAGCCGAAAACACCUAACAACAGCGGCGGCAGACGUUUGAAGAGCGGCGUGCUACUUCUCGCGCGGGGCGCCCGCGGCACCAGCAAGCACGCACGCCUUGGCACGGCACUGGCGAACAAAAUGGCGUCCUCGAGUACCAGCACGGUCGUGCAGGGCUGGCCGAACACCAAGGACGACUACGAGCUGAAAGAGGUUAUUGGUGUUGGCGCAACUGCCGUGGUGCACGCCGCAUUUUGCAUACCGCGGCAGGAGAAAUGUGCAAUCAAGAGAAUAAACUUGGAGAAAUGGAACACAAGCAUGGACGAGCUUCUGAAAGAAAUACAGGCAAUGUCCUCCUGCAAUCACGAGAACGUGGUCACGUAUUACACGUCGUUCGUCGUGAAGGAAGAGCUUUGGCUCGUUCUCAGGUUGCUGGAAGGUGGAUCCUUGCUGGACAUUAUCAAACACAAAACCAGAACUACGAAUUGCAAGCACGGGGUAUUCGAUGAAGCUACAAUAGCCACUGUCUUGCGAGAAGUGCUCAAAGGCCUUGAAUACUUUCAUAGUAACGGACAGAUACACAGGGACAUAAAAGCCGGUAAUAUCCUACUAGGAGAAGAUGGCACCGUGCAGAUAGCCGAUUUCGGUGUCAGUGCCUGGCUAGCGACUGGUCGGGAUUUAAGUAGGCAGAAAGUCAGGCACACGUUUGUCGGCACACCCUGCUGGAUGGCACCCGAGGUCAUGGAGCAGGACCAUGGCUACGAUUUCAAAGCAGACAUUUGGUCACUUGGCAUCACUGCCAUCGAAAUGGCUAGCGGUACAGCCCCAUACCAUAAAUAUCCGCCAAUGAAAGUGCUUAUGCUAACUCUGCAGAACGAUCCGCCAACUUUAGACACUGCCGCCGACGAUAAAGAUCAGUACAAAGCCUACGGUAAAACAUUCCGGAAAAUGAUCGUCGAUUGCUUGCAGAAAGACCCAACGAAAAGACCAACGGCAACGGAGCUGCUGAAACAUCCGUUCUUCAAAAAGGCGAAGGAUAAAAAGUAUCUGCAACAGACUUUGGUAGCUUGCGGUCCUAGCCUUGAAACUCGAGUGCAGAAGGCUUCGAAAAGGCAACCUGGCACGUCGGGUCGCCUGCACAGAACAGUUACGGGAGAAUGGGUUUGGUCAUCGGAGGAAGAGGACAGUGGUGCGUCCAGCGGUGACGAGGGCAAAGAAGCUUUGCCAGUUAACACGAUCGAAAACGCAUCUAGCACCGAAGAAGAACCGGAGGAAGAGUUUUAUGGACAAGUAAAAUCGGCACGAAGUCAUAUUGUUGUACAAGCCACCGAGCAGAAUGUUCCUAUAAACUUGGUGCUAAGAUUACGAAACCAGAAACGAGAGCUUAACGACAUCAGAUUCGAAUUCGCUGUCGGAGUAGAUUCCGCCGAGGGGAUCGCGGCAGAGCUAGUCGGUGCAGGGUUGGUCGAUGGCAAAGAUAUCGUUGUGAUAGCUGCGAAUUUGCAGAAACUCAUAGACAGCGCCGGCCAAUUACGGACAGUAACGUUCUCGCUGAAUUCUGGUCACGCAGCCAACGAAGUGCCAGACGACAAGGCAUUAAUAGGAUUUGCUCAGAUCUCGAUCACUGAUUAGAACUGAUUAGCACGGCAGAAGUCAUUGAAAUUUCUCAGGAUACCAAUCUUAGGCGUCAGUUCAGAGAAUGGAAAGUGUUAAAAGCUAAUCGCUGUUCUCUCGUUAUCUGAGAAUUUUGAGAAAAAGAUAUAUCAAGUCAUUUCUUUUCACGGCUUUUGCUACUUUCACUUCCUCGGAGUUCUAAUACACGCGAUAAACUAUUGAAAGAAUACGGGACAAUGAAUAGAAUUGGUUUGAUGGUCUGCUUGAACGCAUUUGUCAGAGCUAUGUGCAGCAAAGAACGAGAAUGCUGCUGGUAUUGCUAAGGAAGAAGCUUGACUGAAGAUAAGAUCAGAAUUAUUUCGCAAUGAUGUUCUAUGACGCGAGAUAUUGAUCAACUCUGCCAGCUGUUCGAAUGUGGAGAAGAAAACAACACAAUACUGGCUUAAGUUCGAACGUGGAGAAGAAAACAAUAUGAUACUGGCUUAAGUUUCCACUUGCUCUAAUCAUUAAUGGCUGUAGUCUCAUAUAUUCAACCUAUAUCACUCAUAUUAUUGCAUUAAUUCCUGUGUAAAUAUUAAUAGUCGAUGAAAUCUUCGAGAUUAGGUUUAUCCAAGCUCACGACUCAAGCGAGCGCAACAGAAUUUCAAAUAACUAAGUGAACGAGUGGCGAACUGUCGAAAGGUGCUUAAAAAAAAAAGAAAAAAAAAGAAAAAUA